AAUCACUUGAAUCAACCCUCCGUCUUCCAUUCCGACCGCUUCUGCCACUUGGAUCCCGCAUCCGUCGAAGUAAUACAUUUAUUGUUAUCGAUUGGAAGUGCCCUCCUUGGCCAAGUGCUGCAUCUCUUCGCCAGCCCAAUCAUCCGCUCAGCGCCUGUCCCUGGCAAGAUGGCUACCGACUCGCGCAAGCGCCUCGCCCUCGCCAUCAUCGACUUCCUCUCCACCAGCCUCAAAGACGGCUCGGUUCCCCCCGAAGAUGCAGACUCCAUCGAGAUCGCGAGCAACUGCAUCGCCGAAUGCUUCCACGUCGACCCCUCCGACUCCGCCGCCGUGGCCGACGCACUAGGCGGUCAGAACCUCCUGAGCAUCUACGGCGUUUAUGAGAAGCUCAAGGGAAAGAAAAGCAGUGGCGCGAGCGCUGCGGCCGCCAGCAGCAGCAGUAGCAGUGGGGCAGCACAACCUAGUGUUCCCAAGGAGGGCGAGAAGGGCGGGCCGACAGAGGAGAGUGAAAGGCUAAAGGGACAGGGCAAUGCCGCGAUGCAAAAGAAGGACUACCAAGCUGCCGUCGACCUCUACACCAAAGCCCUCGAGAUCUCCCCCCUCAACCCCAUCUACCUCUCCAACCGUGCCGCCGCCUACAGCGCCCUCCAACACCACGAGUUCGCAAAGAACGAUGCAGAGCUCGCCACGGCCACCGACCCCGCCUAUUCCAAAGCCUGGUCGCGACUCGGCCUCGCGAGAUUUGCCCUGGGCGAUGCAAAGGGCAGCAUGGAGGCCUACAAGGCUGGCAUCGAUGCCGAAGGCAACGGCGGGAGCGAGAGCAUGAAGAAGGGCUACGAAACGGCGAAGCGCAAGGUGGAAGAAGACACGAACGCCGAUUCCGAUGUGGGCCCGGACAUUGACGGCACUGCAACCGCACGUUCCCAGCCCGGCGCUGCUGGAGGCAUGCCGGAUCUCGGCGGCCUGGCGUCGCUGCUGGGCGGCGCUGGAGGCGGCGGCGGCGGCAUGCCGGACCUGAGCUCCAUCAUGCAGAAUCCCAUGAUGCGCCAGAUGGCGCAGAAUCUCAUGAGCAAUCCCGACAUGAUGAACAACCUCAUGAACAAUCCGCAACUACGCAAUCUCGCUGGUAGAUUCGGCGGUGGCGGAGGCGCUGGUGCAGGAGAAGAAGGCGGCGGCGGCGCUGGUGGUGGCAUGCCGAACCUCAGCGAAUUGAUGAACGACCCGGCCAUCGCCGACAUGGCGCGGAAUUUCAUGGGCGGCAUGGGUGGUGCAGGCAGGGGCAGCGGUGGCGCGAGUGGGCAGCGAUAGGCACGGGCAGCUGCGCAAUAGUAGCACUAAGCGCGAACAUACCUUCACGCAACGUCUCGAUCUUGCGUGCCAUCAAGAGCAUCAAGUGUAUGCAAACGAAAAGCUUGAUAGCGGGGACGGCUGGAAGAUGGGGGCACAAGGAGCCUCCAGGCACGAAGGGCGCAGAA